AUGGCGGUGAGACUGCUGGAGGAACUGGCAGGGAAGGUCGCAGAGUCACAGGGAGACCGCAUGGGAGUACUGCAGGGCGCUCUGCCUGCUUGGCUGGAAUACGUACAGUCACUAGACGACGCGCAGGCCGUUGAGGGUUACCUGGAGACUGCGCCACACGGUCUGCAACAUGCGGAGUCGGACGCUGUGCGCUCCGCUGUCAUCCGCAAGUUGAAAUCCGCGCGGGCCUGCGGGGCCCGACGCAAACAGCAGGACUACUUUUGUUUUCCACGCUACUUGACUUUGGAAGAAUGGGGUCGGAUAUCUUCUUCCCCGACUGAACGAGUAGCGUCAGAGGUGCUGGCGGAUGUUUUGUAUGCCAGAAUGGGUCUACGCGCGCCCACGGAAGCGACCUACGCCAUGUGCGUGGCAGUGCUGGCGCACACCCAUGGGCAUCUAAGGGACACCACGUUCCAACUCGGAACACUUCUGCAAACGAUGAAGCAAGCCUGGCGCGCACACUUCCGGAGGCAUGAUGUGAAGGGAGAGGAUGAGUGUUUGCUGGAGUUGUUGCCAAAGGAAUCCUCACAAAUUCCUCUGGCUGCCAAGGAGCGACUCAACCUGGAAGCGUUGACUCCGGAGGAUCGCAUGCCUGUGUCGUGGGCACAGCUGACAGCAUUCGCACCACGCGUGCGGUUGCGGCAGUCUCGACCUGAGACACGUGAGCAAGCAUGGAUGCCACAGUUGGCCGAACUAGUGUCUCAGCUGCGCGCUCGGGACGAUGGAGGUCUGCGCAACCUGAAGAUUUUUCCUCGAACGGACGGAGGGCAAAUGGCACCGUUGGCGUUGGGAGACGCUGGACAGGACAGGACUGGAAGCCUUCAAGAAGUGGCAGUCCAAAGUCUACGUGACUUACCGGGUCCGCCGGCUGCAUCCCACCGGGAAGCCGCUGGACAAGUACUGAUGAUCCACGCGGAGCCGAGUGUUGCAGGGGACGGCCAGUGUGCAGUGGUGCCUCUGUUGCCAGGGCCAUCACUGGAAGUCCAGGAGACACAGACAGAGACACCUCCGCCUGUUGAAGAUGAGGUGAAAGCUGGGGGCCAGUUUUUACAGAAGCAGAAGCGUUACUACGCGCAGAAGUCCGUGGCCGGCGCGCAGGCGAGUGAUGGGGAUCAGGCCAAGCCGGGCAACAUCACCUUCGAGGCCAAGGGCUGGGGCCCUUGCAAGGCUGAGUUUUAUACCCACAAGUCCUACAUUCGACACAUGGUCGACGGACGUUUGCGGAUGAUCAUCGGAAGCACAGCUACGGGCCAUGCUUCCAUCUGUCGCAACCUUGUGCGUCACGUGAAGUCGGGAAAGACUCGAGAAGCGCUGACCCUGAUCCGAGAUAGGAUGGUGCAAGAGCGUGGGACGUAG